AGAGGAAAAAUUGUAGAUUUAUUUGAUAUCUAUUCACAAAUAUGUAGAAUAACUACCAUUAUAUGGAUAUUAAAACUUCUUUUGUGAAUGGUGACUUAGAUAAAAAAAAAUCUACAUAAGAUAACCUAAGAAGUUGUUAUUCUUGAAAAUGCUUCUGGAGCCUAAUCAUGAUAGGAUUUGAAACAAACUCAGAACAGUAUCAUGAAUAAUCAGAUUCUCUCUCAUGGUUUUUGGAAGUGACAAGUUCAUUUAGUACAAUUUGAGAAUGAUACUUGCUUUAUGAAUGACAUGUCGAUCUUCGGUACAAAGACUCAUGAUGUCAAUAUUGCGAUAAACCAUGUUGUUUGAGAAUUUUGAAUGAGAAUAAUAUGGAUGAAACAAAGUUUUAUGUUUGGAGAUCCUGAUGACUAGGAAAAUACAAGCUGUACACCUGCAUACAUGUUUGAUGAUGCUAGUGUAAAUUUUUAAAGAACACCUAAGACGGUGUAAGAAAGUUAGAAUAUACUAACAUCGACAGUCUGCGUGAGACAGCUAAUAAACAUGAAACCCGAUUUAGUGGGGGUACUUGACAGGCUUACUGAUUGUCCUAGUAUGAAGCAUUGAAAUGCUAUUGAAAGGGGUCUCUCAGACACCUUAAGAGAACAAUAGACAUUGAUAUAAGUUAUCAACGAUUUCGUACUAUAUUGGUAGGGUAUAUUGAUGCAGACAAGAAUACCCUAUAGAGGACUCCGAGGCAUCCAGUGGGUAUGUUUUGAACAUCGCUGGAAGAGUUGUGUCUUGGAAGUCUAAGAAGUAAAACGAUCCUGACUCACUCAACUAAGGAAUCAUAAAUGAUGAAAAUAGAAAUGGCUAGUAAAGAAGAAAGUUUAUCGAGAGGAUCAUUACUAGAGAUUCCCUUAUGGGAAAGACCGAUACCUCCGGUAGUAGAAUCAUUAUGAAAGCACUGCAGCUAUUACAAAAGAAGGGAACCGGUUCUAGAACAAAAAGAGAUGACAAAUUCCUCGUAAGCACAAUAAUGUAAGAGAACUCCUAACGAUAGGAGUAGUGAGGGUGGAUCAUAUAAGAUCCGAACAGAAUCUAGCUGAUCCUUUGACGAAAGGAUUACCCAGAGAGAAAGUCUAGAAUACCGCCAAGGGUAUGGGACUUAUGCCUACCGAACCACGGACUACAAGUGAUGGUAACCCGACCCAAUAGACUGGAGAUCCCAAGAAAUGGGUUCAAUGGGUAAUAACAAGUCAUGAGUAGUAUGCGAAAAGUUCAUGCAUAGUGAAGCAUGAAUCCCAAAGCAAUGGAGGUUGAGUUAACAACUCUUAAUGACAUCUAUACCCUAUGUGGGUUGGAAUAUUUUACUUUGGGAGUACUUCUGAUAGACUCACCUAUGUGAAUGUGGGAGUGGGGCCGCUCCCUAUGGAGUUUUGGAGGCACAAAGUUGCUAGAGCGUUCACUAAACCGGGAUAACGUGCAUGGCCAUAAACGCACGGCCUAUGAGAAAAUAUCACUCAAUGAAAAUAUCUGGUGUGCUACAUUGUCUGAGACAGGGUUCAAGACUACGAGUCACCCUUUUGAAAUCGGAAGUGUAACCACUACGCUAAGGUUCAAAUCUUCACGAUACCUUAGCUUAUGCCUGAUCUUAUGGAUCUGUUGAUGCUCAGAGAUAGUUUCAAAACUAUUCAAGUGGGGAAUUGUUGGGAAUGAAUAGCUUUGAAAGCUAUAUUGAAUUAAUUAUCCAGUAUUCUUUCUAGAUACGAAAAUAGAAGGAUAAUUAAUAAAAAGAAUAUUAUGGAGAUAAUUAGAAUUAAUUAUCUUAAUAUAAUAUAUUUUAAUUAUGGGAGUAAUUAUCUUCCUAAUUAAAAUGUGACUUAUUCCCAAAGAAAGAGGGAAUAUUCUGGGUUUUCCGCUCCUAUAAAUAGGAGACUCCUAGACCCUCUAAACACACCCUCAUAAGAGCAGAAACACGAGAGAGAGUGAAUUCAUAACGCUCCAAUUUUCGCACAAGACCGAUGAGCAACAAAAUCAGAGUGGUUGUUUUAUCCUGGAGGCGACCGGCUGAUAGUCUGAUGUGCACAAUACGAGGCAGUGUCGCGAACGUUUUAAAGAGAGUGACUUAGUCCGCGACUCAGCCAGAUCGAUAACCCUAAUUUUUCCUGUUCGGUUUUAACGGCAAGAACCUCAAACAGUAGACCUGGCUCAUUGAUAAUGUAUCAAUAGUUUACAAAUACAGAAGAAGAAAAUGCAUGCACUACUCCAUCUGUAACAACCGGAUCUCAAUGCGCUAGGAACUUGUACACGAUUAUACGCUAGAUAGUUACUCCUAGAAAUUGACUUUUGCUGGUAAAACUCUAAACCUUAUUAUGAGAGAAUUAAGACCCAACCAAAUGGUUGAAUUGUUUCUGGUUGGAAUUUUAACCACUCAGUUUCUCUGAUGCAAAUAGAAACUUUUGUUGGUGAAACCCCUAAUCUUCAUUAUCAAGGGAAGGGAAACUUAUUCGGUCAUCAACUCUCAAUUGUGAGGAGAAUGAUUGAGCGGAUUCCAUUCCAGGUAUUCCAACUCUAUAAUAUUGCCUUAAAUCACAAAGAAAAUUCUUUCACAUACAACCAUCAACCGUGCAUAGCAAUUGUUUAAAGGACUAGCCGUUUUUUUUGUUUCCAUCGCAUAAAAAAAAUAAAAGGGAAAGGACGAACUAGCUAACCUUGAUGCAGGGAGGGAGCUUAAAAGAUGGUAGAUCACAACGGUAGCAAGGUAGCGGUCUCCGUUGCUGGGGAAAUAGCUACCGUCGUCUUUUCUUUUUCACCCUUGCCGGUUAUUGUGAAGUGAGACUACCUUGAUCAUCAGCUGCUGCAGAUCUUCAAAGAUGUUGCAGAAGGAAGAACAGACAAGCUGAGUAGAGCUUCCCUUCACUCUACUUAGUACACAGACUAUGACCUCAAAGCAGCGUCGUUUUCCUUGAGUGGUAAACACUCCACAAAGCAGAACGACGCAGUAUUGAUAGGCUGUAAUUAGUUAGAGCAUUUAAACAUUGCUUAGCCACUUGGCACUCUUUCAUUAGUUAGUUUAAUUAAACGUUUCUCUUUACCGUUAAUGUACAGUGUUCACUGAUAUAUAUAUAUAUAUGAAAUACAACAUAGGAAGAAGGCAUUCCGCCGAUUUCCCACAAGGCUACUUUUAUCUUCUUUCACAAACCCUAGUGUUUUUGGUAGCUAGGUUAAAUCUUUCACAUGGUAUCAGAGCCUGGUUGGCUACUGAUUACCUGAUCUCUCUUCUACAAAACCCAUUUCUCUUCUUCUUGUUUCAUCGUCAAAAACCUGGUGAUCUUCAACAAUGUCUGGCAAGGAAGAUAGCAGUAGUACAAAGCGAUCUGAGGGUGACAAGGAAGUCCUUGUUCCUUCCCAUUAUGAAGAUCCCUACAGCAACCCGUUCUAUCUGGCACCGAGUGACAACUCAUCAUUGUCGGUGAUCAGUUUCAAGCUCAAUGACGAUAACUACCUUCUCUGGAGUGAGUCUAUGGAGGUCGCCCUUCGCACCAAGAACAAGCUGGGUUUCGUCCUAGGUUCGAUUCAGGUACCAGAUAUCACUAAUCCCUCUUAUGGCACUUGGGAUAGGGUUAAUGGCACCGUUGUGUGUUGGAUUAGAAACUUUGUUGCAGAAGAUAUUGUUCCUAGCCUCAGGAACAUCAAAACAUUUAUGAGGCUUGGAAAUACCUCAAGUCUAAGUUCUGUCAAGGCGAUUCUGUAAGAAUUGCAAAUCUGCAGGAGAAGAUUGGUCUAACAAAGCAAGGGGAUCUAUCUAUUAAACAGUAUUAUACUGAUUUGAAGUUGCUAUGGGAUGAGCGUGUUUUUUAUUUACCCAUUCCAUAUUGUGAUUGUGCAUCAAGAACUUAUGAGGCUGUUAUGAUGUAUAAAGAGCGAGAGAAGGGUCAUCAAGUUUUUGCUGGGUUUGAAUGAAAAAUACCAACAUGUGAAGACUCAGAUGUUGAUGCUUGAGCCACUUCUAGAUCUUGAUAGCAUCUAUCGUUCUGUGAUUCAAUUGAGAGGCAUUUGAAUGGAGCCAGUGCUAACAAUGGAAAGUCUGAGGAAACAAUUUCUCUUGCAACUUCCCUAGCUGCUUCUAGGGUUCCUUACAAUUCAAAUUCUAAGCACAAAGGGUUAAAGGAAGAACAAACUGGAGGAGGGGGUCUUUUUUGCAGAUAUUGCCAAAAGGAUAAUCAUGUUAUACAAGAUUGCUGGAAUCUUAAAAGGAAGAACAAAGAAGGAGGAGGGAACCAUAUAGGUUUUGCAGGCUCUGUUGAUGUCAAUCCUACUGAGAAGACACCUUUAGGAGGAGGAAAUUUUUCACCUAAAAGUCCAAACAGUAAUCCAGAUAGUCCUCAACACUUCUCUGGAUCGCUUGAAGGCUUUACUCUAUAGUCCUCAACAUCAAUCAUCCUCUUCCUCAGUUAACUCUAUUACAUCUAAGGGGUACACCAUGUCAGGUAUUACUAUUCUUUCCACCUAUACAGCAUCAAAGAGUAAAGAUGUAUGGGUGCUUGACACUAGUGCUAGUGAUCACAUUGUGUGUUCUAUGCAUUUUUUCCUUAGAUGUAGAGAAGUUAAGGAUAUGACAAUUACCCUUCCAAAUGGCCAACAGGCAAAGGUUACUCAUACUAGCAUAGUCAAGUUACCCUGUGAUUUCUUCCUUACCAAUGUCCUUUUAGUCCCAUCCUUUAGCUAUUAUCUGAUUUCUGUCAGUCAGUUAACUAGUAAUAGCCCAGUCUCACUGCAUUUUGAAUCCAACUUUUGUUGUAUCCAGGACCUAAUCUCUCGACAGAGAAUUGGUUUAAUCCACGUAAAUAGAGGGCUUUACUUGCUUGGGGAGUCAGUUGCACCUGGAGAGAAUCUCAAACCACAUUUUCUUGGAGUGACCAUCAGUGAGAGCUCAAAGUUGUGACAUACCAGGCUGGGACAUCUUUCUUUUCCAAGACUGCAAGAAAUAGCCAAACAAAGUAGUGAUGUAAUA